AUGGCGAUCCAUCCAGAUCUCCCUGGUGUCGAGGUUACGAUUUGCGUCAACGGCAUCCCACUCGAGGAGUUUGAUGACCCCCCUGAAGAAGGAACACCUUUUCAGCCUAACACCACAAAAUCGAUCUCCAAAUAUGUCAAGUCGAUGACGGAUCAAGAAUUCACCAUCAAAUACACCAUGGGCCAUCCCUUCGACGUUGAUUGCCCAAACCUCAAGGUGCAUGUCUGCGUAGAUGGCAAGAGCGUGCCUGGGAAGGCUUUCGACAGAGAUAGGUUUCCUGGUGGCAAAAUUGUGGAAGGUAUCAUCAGUGGAGUGAAGUAUGUGGAGAACGGUGAAAAGAUGUUCAAGACGUUUUGCUUUUCGGCCGUCAAAACUACGCUUGACGAUGACGCGUAUAAAAGAGUUGAUAAAGAUAUCAAUCUCAUGGCCAAAGUUGGAUCUAUCGCUGUCACUUUGUGGCGUGGGGGCGAUGCAGUGAGAGUUAGCCGGAAGAAGGACUGGAGUGCAAAGCUACGGACAUCAGAUGUUCAUGAGAAAGCUCUGAAAGGGGAGCCAAAGUAUCAUGGUGUAUCGCUUGGUGAUGCAAAGCCUGUAGCUUUCAAGAACACCAUAUUGCGAACGGCUAAGCUAGAUGAGACUCCUCUCGCAAGCUUCACAUUCAAGUACAGGUCGGAGGGCAAGUCUAGAGUGGCAUUGAAAGAGCUUCUCGUAAUCGAGCGUACCCCAGAACCAGAGGAGCCAUCACCAGCUCCAGCAGAGGCAGUUAGCUUUGAGGAUCUCGACGCGGAUCAGAAGCGUAAGGUAGAGGAGUUCAUGAGAAAUUUGAAGUCUGGUUCGAGCCAAGCUCCUGGAAUCAAGCGCGAGUUCAAAACUGAGGAUGGUCCUUCAAGUCAACCAAAGAGACCCAGGAGAUUGGGAGAGAAAGUCACGAUUGAUCUUACCGAUGACUGAUGUCUCUGAGAAAGAUUCAGCGGGGAGUUGGAGGAUGCUUGGACUGACAUCGACUUGGAUUCUGAUCCUCGGGCACAACAUUUUCUUUUCUUUUAUCAAGGAUUCUCUACGAUAUCCAUACAAGCAGAGCUGGG